AUGGAAGAAGAAACACCCUCAUUUUUGAACAAAUACUUUGCAGAGAUUAAGUUGGUAGGAAGUGGAGCCUAUGGAAAGGUCUACAGUGGUAUUAGAAAAGACGAUAAGAAGAAGUACGCAAUCAAGGUAUUAAUUGUGUCAGGGACAGUCAAUAUGGAAGACGUGAAAGGAGAAGUCCGCAACUUGGCGAGUAUUAACAAUAAUAAGAAUGUGGUGAGGUAUUAUGACACUUGGUUGGAAGAGUUGAGUGGGUCCGAGUAUGUAAAAUUGCUAACCAAGAAAAAUGAAGAGAUCGACGAUGGAAGCACUUUUUGCGACGAAGACGAGAUGGGUUCUUUCGGUGAUUUUGCAUGCGACGACUGUGUCGACCCCGACACGGUCGAUUGGGGAGACUCCUCUACCAAAGGAGACGAAGAGACGGAGAGUAAUUCCGACUAUGAAUUUGACAGAACUGGUGACGAUGAAGAAUCGAGUUGUUGUGACAGUACCACUGACGACUCGAAAAGUUACGACAAAAUUUCGAAUGGCAUCGAGGCUUUUAGCAAACGUUCUGGAGAUGAGAAUCAAUAUGGCGAUUGUAGUGGAAUAAGCAGCACCGAUGUGAUUAAACCCCAAUCGAGUAGUAGCAAAAAUGACACAAGCGAAGCUUCAAAUUCGGAGAUCAAUCUCACUACCGUCGAAACUAAAAUUGAAGAUGGGAAUGCUCCAAAGUUUGCUGUUUGUAUUCAGAUGGAGUUUUGUUCUGGUGGUGAUCUAAGCCAAAUGAUUAAGAAUCGUGAACUCCACUUCGGGACACAAGAAGGCAAAGCAAAGGUUUUGAAUUAUUUCCAACAAAUAGCAAACGGCGUUUCAGUCAUUCACAAACAACUGAUCACACAUGGCGACUUGAAACCGGGCAAUAUUUUGAGAGAACGUGAAACGAUGAAAAUUGGUGACUUUGGAUUGGCUCGAGGAGAUUCAGAUACUAAAAGUACUAUACUUGGAACCAUUGGAUAUGCAGCUCCUGAGAUAUUAACAGGACAUUACGACAACAAAAUCGACGUCUACAGUUUGGGAAUCAUUCUGUUUGAAAUGUGUUUGUCACCAGCAACACGGUCCGAAUUCAUCUUUGCACUCGACAAUUUAAAGAACAAUAGAAAGGUACCUGGCGUAAUAGAGAACCAGUACCAAAUGUACAAAGAACUCAUUCUCGAGAUGACAGAAGAGGACCCAACAAAGCGCCCGACUGUCGAUGAAGUCCUCAGGAGACUCGCUGUGCUUGAUGAAGAUAUGAAGAAAAUAUCACAGCUUCUUCCUUUUGUGCAACAAAACACAAACCUAUGGCCACAUCUCUCUUCAGCAAUAGAAACUAAAAUUAUGGAACAACAAAAAGAAGACAAAUUCAACGAAUAUACUCAAUUGGAACAUCCAACAACAGACAACACUGAAAAAGAUUUAUUAUCAAUACACCAAGAAAUUAUGAGAGCUUUCACAGAGAUCCACGUUUUACAUGGUGCUCAGACGAUGUAUGUAGACCCAUUUAUACCUUCUAAUUUACUCAAAGAGAGUGGAAUAGAGUAUCACGAAAUACAAAGUCCACUUCUUGUUGACAGAAUGGGCGAAUUAAAAGCGCUCCUGAACAAUUACAGUGAGUUAAUUAAAGUGGUUCUGAACAAAAUACCAAAUCCAACAAGUUAUAUCAUUCGAGUACCCGCAGUCCAACUCCAUUUCACAAAAGACCCAUCUAUUGAACCUGCACUGGUUUAUGUGAACACCACUUCCUCGAUAGAACAGCAUCAGUUCAACAUAUUGGAGACUAUCACCCUUAUUGUUUCUUUUAUGACCACUUUUCUUGACAAAACAAAGCUCCACAUCUCACAUACAGCAAUAAACGAAUUCAUUCAUAACAACAAAGAAAUUGAGGAAUUUGUGAUGAAAAAACCAGUUCAGAAGUUAAAGGAUAUUAUCAGUUUUGUACAAAGAAGCAAGAACGAGGCAUUUUCUUAUAUUUUACAACUUCUCAAUUACCUCAACGAGAAUGAAAAUAUCGUGUACGACUUAUCGAUAUCUGUGAAUUGUGCCGAUGGUAUUUAUUUUGUGUUGAAGAACGACAAAGAGGAUGUUGCACUUUCUGGGUGUGAGAUGACUCUCCACAACACAAACUUGAAGACAGUUGGGUAUUGGAUCAACGUAGUCAGUGUCUGUGACAUUUUAGAAGACAAGAAGGUGUUAUUUACAAAGAGGAAAGUUCAAGUGGAAGGUCUCACAAAUGGGAUGGGAAAGGCGGCGUUCAAAGUGUAUUUGGAUUACUUUGGGUUCCGUGCCUGUUUUGAUCCAAGUGAGGUCGAUCAUGCCAAGUGUUAUGUCAAAUUGAAAGUUCACAAAGAUCUUCCUUACGAUUUCUUCAAAAACAGUUUCUGCGACAUACCAGUCACCGCAAACAUUUACUUCGACAAAAACAUUGUAGGAAAGGUGAUCGCAACACUUGGAAAAGCGAUCCCUUACAUGCAGAAGCAGUAUAAAAAGCGAUCCGCACCCACUUUUAUAUUAGACGACAAACUCGUGUCUUCCGAAGUCUUUGAAAAGUUGCAAAACUUGAUCAGUACAAAGUGGCUGGGACAAACAGUUGUCCAAUCCCCAGCUCUCCAAAACUUUUCUUUCAUUCAAAACGAGUUCCUUGAUUUUAAGCGGGCGGUCAAGAAGAAGUUUUUUGUCAAGCGGGGGACUAAGAAAACUCCGUCCGACUAA